AAGAAAGAGUUGGAGUUCUACAAAUGGGAGGGUGACAUUUCCCUACUUCUGCAGAAUGUCAGAGACAAGCUUAAUAAAGUUUCUGAAAACUGGACGAGAGAGCAGAAGAACCAUUGUUUGGAGGAGACCGAGAAGUCGUUCGAGCUCUCUGGAGAUAUUCUGCGCUUGAUACUCUCGUAAUUCAAGCAAAGCAAACAAGGAAAACUGUGCUUCAAGAUGAGGCUUAGGGCGUGUUUGGUUUUCAGCGUUUAACCCCUCAAAACAUUCGACAUUUUGAGAUGAAAGACAAAUGAAGCCUCAAUGUACAUUCUUCUAGCUGAUGAUGAACUUUGAUAUGCAAAUUUGGUUGGGAAAAAAAUAAGAACAGAUUUAGACCUUAUUAUACUCCUUAUAUAUUUGCCUUCGUUUGUGCGUUUGUUGUUGCCAUAUGAGGUUUAUGUCUUCUCACAUGUAACCAUAACAUGAAGGAGGGUGUGGUUCAAGUGAGAAUGAACCUACUGCGAGAGAAUAUAUCUUAUCGUGAGAAUGAUGCAUUUUGGGGCCAUCACGAUGUAUUUUGCACUUGUAGUAGUGCAUUUUCAUCACUAGCAGAAAAUAGUUGCCAAAGUGUGAUUAUUGGUUCUGAGAGCAGUUUGAAUGUGCUUGAUUAUGGAGCCAUUGGUGAUGGCAUUACAGAUGAUUCUCGGGCAUUUUUAAGUGCGUGGAAAGAUGCAUGUUCAUGGAGUGGCGAUACAAGAUUGUUAUUCACCAUUCCUCAAAAUUACAAUUUCUUGCUCUACCCAAUCACUUUUAGAGGCCCUUGUAAUUCCCAAAAUGUUCAUUUCUUGAUAAUGGGAACGAUAGUGGCUCCCAAGUCCCCAAGCAUAUGGGCCGAAAGAGAUGAAAGUCAAUGGAUUGCAUUCCAAGAUGUUAUUGGGCUUCAAGUUUAUGGGCCUGGAAAAAUUGAUGGCAACGGAAAGGCUUGGUGGGAUCAAUCUUGUAGAGAUCAUCCAAACCUGGAAGGGUGCAAAGACUUGGCCCCCACAGCAUUGAAGUUAAUAUCAUGCAAUGGAGGGUCUCUAAGCAAUAUGAAGUUUACCAAUAGUCCCCAGUCUCAUGUCCUCCUGCUUGGCUGCAAUGGCUUUAGAGUUGACAAUUUAAAGAUAGAGUCUCCAAGGGACAGCCCAAACACAGAUGGCAUUCAUAUCCAUUCUUCUCACCAUAUUACCAUCACCAACUCCAAUAUUAGCAGUGGGGAUGACUGCGUCUCAAUUGGGGACUACACUUCUGAUGUCUUUAUAAAUAAUGUUGCAUGUGGUCCGGGCCAUGGAAUCAGUAUUGGAAGCUUAGGGAAAUCUGGAAAUUUUGUACAAGUUGAGAACAUUCAUGUUAGCAAUGCUUUCUUAUAUGGGACAACAAAUGGAGCUAGGAUCAAAACAUGGCAGGUUGGGAGAGGGUAUGUAAAAGAUGUAAUUUUUGAGAAUCUUUUCAUGAACUCUGUUGACAAUCCCAUCAUCAUUGAUCAAUUUUAUUGCGACAGUCGAGAAUCUUGCCAAGAGACAAUGGGAAGUGGGGGAGUGGAGAUAAGUGGAGUUGUGUUCAGGAAUAUAUAUGGAACAUCGAGUACAGACGUGACAGUAAACCUCAAUUGCAGUAGAUCGACGCCUUGCACCGACAUCACGUUGCAGUUUGUUCAGUUGGGCUCAGCCUCGCCUGGAAGUCUGGUCUCGGCCCAUUGUGACAAUGCCUAUGGCCAGGAAUUUGUUGUCGUGCCUGGUCCUUGUUUGCUUGAUUCUUGAUUCAUUGACUAUUUUCUUUAAGCAAGAUUGACAUUAUCAGAGACGAUCAUGCACAAACAAUCAUUAUCUGUGCCCUGUGAGACACCGACGAUGUUAGUGUUAGUGUUAUCGUAGUGUGACUAUAGCAUAACUUUUUUCAAGUAUGUAUGUACUUUAAGAUCAGUUGUAAUGGGACAUGAGGAAAAUCACAUUUUUCUUGCCCAUUUUAUGUGGUAAUCCCAAAGGUGUUCUUCAUAUCAAGUGACUAUUUUAUUGUCUCAAUUUUCUAUGGAAAGAGUGGCCUUUGUUGUAUACAAAAAAUACUUUGUAGCUUA